AUGGCACCACCACCAACAAAGAGUAAUAAUAAAAAAGCAGACAAGAAGAAAAAGGUCGAUGAUGAAGAUACAAAGAAGAAAAAGUCGUCAUUGUCUGACGACAUUGUCAAAGAGGUAACAAAGAAUGGUCCAAGAUCGUUCGACCCUGAAAUGGUCGACUUUGGAGACACUACACCUGCACAUAGAAUAUACGAAACUACUCCUGAAGAUGAAGAUGAUUAUGAUAUCGUUGAUGCAAAUAAACAAGGUGUUAGAAUUAGAGGUGAUAUGCCAACAACAUUUACAACUGGUGCAUAUGUUGGUAAAAAGAGUACUAGAUCUGAAACAUUUGAAGACCAAGACAUUGAUGACGAUGACUUGAUGGAUAAUAGUGAUGGAUAUAAAGACUUUGAAUUUAUCGAUAGUGCAAUUGGAAACAUUUCAUCAAACAAUGUAGACAGAGCCGAUGACUUGUUUGCACUAUUACAACAACAACAAAAUCAAGAGAGUGACGACGAAGACGAAGAUGGUGAAGAAGGAAAAGAAGGUUCAAUGAAGUUGAUGAAUAGAAUAGACGAAGAUGAAGAGAUUGAAAAGGCCAUUCACGCAAGAAACCAAACCAAUCUCUACGACGAUCUCCUCGUCUCUAGAAUUCAUCUUCAAAGAGGUAUCAAUAGUGUAAACAAAUUCCCAAAACCAGAAAACUACAAAUUGAUGCUUCAAAUGAACGCACCUCUAAGAAUGGAAACGACCGAAACUAUAAAUACCGCUAAACAUUUAUUAUCAACUUUAUUUGAUUUACAAACUGAAUUAAUUGAUAGAAAUCCAAAAAUUGAAAAAAAUAAGAGUAAAAAGAGAUUAAGAGAUGAUACUCCAUUGAAUCAAAUAUGGGAAAUAAUAGAUGAACAAAAUCAAAGAUUAAUGAAAAACUCUUAUGAAACGAUUGAACAUUGGAAUAAUAGAGUUAAUAUUUCGGGAGAUACAACUAAAAAGAAUUUAAAGUCUAUCAAUCAACCAAUCCUUGCACAAAUUAACAAUACAUUGAAUGAUUUUGAACGUUUGCAACGUAGAACCAAAUUAAAGAGAUCUACUUAUAGAAUCAUUGGUGAAGAGGACCAACAACAACAAGAAGAAAAGAAAGAAGAACAAAAACCAACAACCGCUACAACACCCGAUAAAUUGGAUUUCUAUGACGAAGAGAUAUUUGAUGAUACCGACUUUUACCAAAUCCUUUUGAAACAAAUCGAAAGUAGUAAUGACAAUAUGGACUAUGUCAGAGAAGCCAAACAAAUCAUCAAAAAGAAGACCAAAACACGUCCCAACAACAACAAAAUCAACAAGAACAAAGCCAUUCGUUACGACGUCUAUCCAAAACUUGAAAACUUUAUGCCACCAGUCGCAUCCACUCUACCAGACUGGAACAUCGAACAACUUUAUAAUAAUUUAUUUGGUAUGGCUUCUUCUUCUGUUUAA